CUCCGACCAUUCUCACUCGCCGCGGCCGCGAGGCGUCAUCAGAGGGAGAGGAGAGGGUUCGGAAUUGGCGCCAACCAUUCCCCCCAAUUCCGCCCUCCAGCUCUAGGGUUUCCGCUCUGCGCCAUGGCGGGAACCGUCGCCGCCGCUGCUAUGGACAUCGACGCCGCUGCGCCGCCUCCUCCUCCUCCGUCCGGGGCGGCGGCCAAGGGCAAGGCGCUGCUCUCCGCCGCCGGGAGGGCUGCGCCCUGGGUCGAGAAGUACCGGCCCCAGUCCCUCGCCGACGUCGCCGCUCACCGCGACAUCGUCGACACCAUUGACAGGCUCACAAAUGAGAAUAGACUUCCACAUUUGUUGCUAUAUGGACCACCUGGAACUGGGAAAACUUCAACGAUACUGGCUGUUGCAAGGAAGCUAUACGGGUCUCAGUAUGGCAACAUGAUUCUGGAGCUCAAUGCAUCAGAUGAUCGUGGUAUUGAUGUUGUAAGACAGCAGAUCCAGGAUUUUGCUGGUGCACGCAGCCUCUCUUUCGGAGCAAGGCCUUCUGUUAAGUUGGUCCUUUUGGAUGAAGCAGACGCGAUGACUAAGGAUGCACAAUUUGCAUUGCGAAGAGUGAUUGAAAAGUAUACGAAGAGCACAAGGUUUGCACUCAUAUGCAACCAUGUCAACAAAAUUAUCCCUGCACUACAAUCGAGGUGCACUAGGUUUAGAUUUGCUCCACUUGAUGGCAGUCAUGUUAGAGAGCGUCUUCAACAUAUAAUAAAAUCUGAGGGGCUCGAUGUAGAUGAGGGUGGCUUGGCAGCCCUAGUGCGGUUAAGCAAUGGUGACAUGAGGAAAGCUUUGAACAUAUUGCAGUCAACACACAUGGCAUCCCAACAAAUCACAGAAGAAGCUGUCUAUCUUUGCACAGGAAACCCCAUGCCAAAAGAUAUUGAGCAGAUAGCAUUUUGGUUAUUAAAUGAACCAUUUUCAACCAGCUUCAAAUAUAUAUCUGAUAUGAAGAUGAGAAAAGGGCUGGCCUUGGUUGAUAUCAUACGGGAGGUUACUAUGUUUGUGUUCAAAAUACAAAUGCCAUCUGAUGUUCGUAUAAAGCUGAUUAAUGAUUUGGCUGAUAUUGAGUACAGGCUAAGCUUUGCGUGUAAUGACAAACUGCAGCUCGGCGCACUGAUCUCAACUUUCACUGAUGCUCGCACGGCUAUGGUGGCUGCUGCCAGUUAAUUUCAGUAAUGUGAUGACCUUUUUGUUGAUCUUUGUGCCCCCCACUGGAAUCUGGAAAUGAAGUGGCACCUUCCAUUAUGGGUCAAUGUCUUGUCUGUAUUUAGUAAGCUAGUUAAAAGCAUAGCGAGGAUUGUCUUUCAUCUGCCGCCUGGAACUUGGGAGUAAUUGAUGACUAAAUGCUGCCAGGCGUAGGUGAGGCGUGAUGCAUGCAAGAUGUUAUCCAGUAGUGAAGCAAUCAUAACUGAACCCUUUCUUUGA